AAGCUGCUCACACAUUCUUUGCGUUACUAAAUAACAAACAAUACUUCUUCACAGUCUUCAUCGAUCUGUUUCACUUCUAGAUCCAAACAAUUAGGGUUUCCAUCUCACUUUCAAAUCAUGUCAGAUCACGAAGAUCACAAGUCUGAGUCGUUGAUGGAGAAAAUAUCGGAGAAAGUACACGAUCUCAAGAACGAUUCUUCCUCAUCCUCAGAUUCAGAUGACGAUAACAAGAUUUCCGCGAUGAAAGCCAAAGUUUUUCGCCUUUUUGGUAGGGAAAAACCGGUUCACAAGGUCUUCGGCGGUGGAAAACCGGCCGAUCUGCUUCUGUGGAAGGAUAAGAAACUUUCUGGUGGGAUUUUAGGUGGUGUGACGAUUAUCUGGUUUCUAUUCGAAGUGUUGGAAUAUCAUUUGCUAACUCUGGUUUGCCACAGUCUGAUCCUUACACUGGCCUUACUAUUUUUAUGGUCAAAUGCCUCGACCUUCAUCAAGAAGUCUCAACCAAAAAUUCCCGAAGUUUCAAUUCCAGAGAAACCUGUCUUGGAAAUUGUGUCGGCUUUGAGGAUUGAAAUUAACCGAGGUUUGGCAGCCAUACAUGAUAUUGCUUCGGGGAAAGACUUGAAGAAGUUCUUAUCUGUUAUUGCUGGCUUGUGGUUCGUGUCAAUCAUCAGCAACUGCUACAACUUUUUGACAUUGGUUUACAUAUCAAUCGUGCUGCUCUUCUCCGUGCCUGUGGCGUAUGACAAAUACGAGGACAAGAUAGACCCACUUGCAGAGAAAGCAUGGAUUGAAAUCAAGAAACAAUACGCGGUAUUGGACAAGAAAGUGUUGUGUAAGAUCCCAAGAUCGAUGAAAGAAUUGAAAGAGAAGAAGAAGGUUUAAGGAUACAAGUUGGGUAGGUGUGUUCCAUAUCUCUAAACAUGGUUAUUGUUUUUUUUUUUUUUUUUUUUUUUCAGUCAGAUAUGUGGUUUUAUGAUUUAGGGUAAGUGGGGUUGAUGAUACAGGUCCUUAUGAAUAUACCCUUCUGCCCAUUAUAUUUUCUUGUUUUAUAGUCAUGGUGAUGUUAUGUUUUAUACAUGGUGUUACAGUUUUUGUCCAGGUGGCACUUUGUUUCAAAACUAAUAUGAUUUAGUAGUAUGUUUGCCUUUGUGAGAACAAAA